AUGUCACUCCACGCGCGGUGUCAACAGCGGAUAGCCAUCAAGUCUGCUCACCGUACUGUAUGGCGGCGGCGAUGCGUUCGCUACUAUGCCUCGAAUACGGCGAACGACCCUGAGUGGUUCCAGAAAGUGCGCACCGAGCUGCUCAGUCGACGGCCACAAUAUCACCGCGAGGAACUCGACACGCUCCACUACGAGCAAUUCUACACAACGCUCAUAGGAUUCACCCCAAACACAGUCAAGCACGAUGCCAAUUCGAGACCCAAUAUCUCGCUGGCCGAACUCCUGACGCGCUUCAACGUGCGAGUGCAAUCGCCGAAUCUCCUGGGCGAUGGCACGGAUCCGCUGCAUCAUCCGGGCGAGCCAUGGAUGCGUCGCAUGUGGGCAGGCGGGGCUGUUAAGCUCAGUCCAGCUCUGAAGCUCGAUCUCGAAGCUCGCUCUGAAUUACCACUCAGACUCAAGCAGAGGGUCGCAUGUCUGGAGCGCAUCAAGGACGUUCGACUACAUGGAACUGGCGAUGAGGCGAAGAUCUUUGUGACGGUUGAGCGACGCUUUGCUUCGAGAAGCGCUACUGAAGGCGAGUCUGAGGGAACACUGUCAGCCAACAACUUCAAGCGAGCGAUCCGUGACAACGACUGGAGCGAUUCAUUGGUGAAGGAGGAACGCAAUCUGGUCUUCAUGAAGGCAAAGACCGCUGCUGAGCUCAUUUCCAUCACGAGCGGGCAAGGACUUGGAGCCACGAGGUAUCUGAAAGCACUGGAGCAUCCUGACUACUCAUUCACCCUGACGCCAACACGGUCUCUCCUUUUCCGAUACUCUGCUGUCACCUACAACGCCCAUCUGAUACACCUCGAUCCGACGUACGCUCGAUACGUCGAAGGUCAUCGCAACACGCUCGUGCAUGGACCUCUCACGCUCACGCUGAUGCUUCAGGUCUUGAACAAGCAUCUGAAACUGUCACAGAUCGCUCAGGGUCAUGAGGCUAUCACAUCAAUCGAGUACCGCAAUAUAGCACCACUGUACUGCGACGAGGAGAUGCGCGUCUGCCUCAAGAAGAAGAAGCAGACAGACACGGGCCACUCGUGGGACGUCUGGAUCGAAGGCCCCACUGGUGGAACGGCGGUCAAA